GUAGGAGGCAGCAAAGUGGCCUGUCUCUGUUCGAGCUGCAGCCGAAGAAGAACCGACGGAAGCCGUGGGGACAGGUGUUGUGAAAAUGUACUCAAACAAAGUGAACCGCCUCAUGUUGGGGCUCAACAACCUGAAGGCGACCUCCGUCAGCUCGGUGGUCCGAAGGGCCGCGGCUCCGAGGGGGCUCAGCUGGACUACCGUGUGCAGAGAGCGGACACAGCGGCUGCGAAGGAGCGCCGGUCUGGGGAUGAGCGGCGCUCACUCAGCCUCCCAGAGCACGCUGGACUCCUCUGAGGUCAGGAGGUUCCAGCCUCUGGCCAGCAAGUGGUGGGACGAAGAGGGAGAGUUUGCUGCUCUCCACGCCAUGAACGACCUGAGGGUGCCUUUUGUGCGGGACAACCUGCUGAGCGUACAUCGAGCACGCCACCCUGGAAAACCACUGGCUGGACUCCGAGUGCUGGAUGUGGGCUGUGGGGGGGGCCUGCUCUCAGAGCCACUCGGUCGUCUGGGAGCCAACGUGCUGGGCAUAGAUCCUGUAGAAGAGAGCAUCAGCGUCGCCCAGCUGCAUUCCUCACACGACCCAGACCUACGGGACCGAGUGUCUUACCGGGCCUGCACGCUGGAGGAGCUCUCAGAGGGAGAGCAGGGAGCAGCCCAGUUUGACGCGGUUGUGGCCUCAGAGGUGGUGGAACAUCUGGCAGACUUGGAGACAUUUGCCUUCUGCUGCAGUCAUGUUCUGAAGCCAGGUGGAUCCCUCUUCAUCACCACCAUAAACAAAACCAACCUGUCCUACGCGCUGGCUAUCGUUGUAGCCGAGCAGCUACUGCGCAUCGUUCCCACAGGGACGCACAACUGGGAGAAGUUCAUCAGCCCCGAGGAGCUGGAGCGCCUCCUGGAGUCCAAUGGUUUUACAGUUCAGUCUGUCCAAGGAAUGAUGUACAGCCCUCUUUCUGGAGCCUGGAGCUGGGCUGACAGCACCGCCAUCAACUACGCCCUCCACGCGGUCAAAGAGGGUCACGGAGCCGAGGACAGCAGCUCCCACCCAGAGGAGCACACAGAAACCACACACAGCUGAGCUGCUCCACGAGGCGCACACGGAACAUCCAUAGUCACAUGCAUGAACGAGAUACCGGGCAGGAGGCCACGAUUAAUGAAGGAGGGACAACCAGCAUCCCUGCUGACUGCAGGAUUUCUCAACUGUUCAAUAAAUGUUUCCUAAAUGUCAUAAA